UAACACCGCUCACGUGGGGCGGGGCGGAGUCACGUGGGCGCCUGUUUGACGCUGAUCCCGGGCGGGCAAUGGCUGCGUUGCGCCUGUUUGUCAGCAGCUGCAGGCAGCUCGGCCUCAGCCCCACGGCGGCGGCGGGGCCGCUCCACACCCGCUUCAGGCCACCGUGUCGGGGUCACAGGAUGACCCCGUCGGACGACGAGCAGUACCAACGGACCACGGUCAGUGCCCUGGAGCGCAGCUCGCCGGAUGCCCAGUACAUCGAGGGCUACAGCAGGCACGGCUUCACCAUCAGUGGGAACCGGGUGAUGGGCCCCUGCGCAGUCAUCCCACAGGCCCUGCUGCAGUGGAAUGUCGGGAGUUACAGAGAUGUCAGUGUGGACAGCCUAGCGUUGUUCUACUUGCUGGAACCCAAGAUAGAGAUCCUGGUGCUGGGACUCGGGGACCGGGUCCACCGGCUCGACCCCAACCUGCUGACAUUCAUGAGGAGCAAGGGGAUCGGUCUGGAGAUCCUGGACACGCCCAACGCUUGUGCGACCUUCAACUUCCUGACGAGUGAGCGACCGAGGAUUGCUGCUGCCCUGAUCCCGCCCGGUCUCCACUCGGACCAGCGCUAGUGGUCUCUGCGACCACCAACGGCCCUCACCUUGUACACCAUUAUUAAACCGCCUCUACCCUGUG